AUUCCCUCCCCCCCAACGAAGGAUAAAAAAAAAAAAAAAAAAUCUUCCAUCGCCUUCGCGUCAAUCGCAUUCGAAAAGCUUCCCCCAGAAUCCAGUCCCCUAGGGUUUCGAUUCUUCGUCGUCGUCGUCUUCGAUUCUUCGAUUCUUCGAUUCUGUCUGCGGAGAUGGAGGGAGCGAGCAACGGGGGGAUGCUGUACCACGAGGUGCAGGAGUCGAAGCUGUGCGCGGUGCACUGCGUCAACACCGUCCUCCAGGGCCCCUUCUUCUCCGAGUUCGACCUCGCCGCCCUCGCCUCCGAUCUCGACCGCAGGGAGCGCCAGAUGAUGAUGCCCGUCCCCGGCGUCGGCGGCGUCGGCGGCGGCGGCGACUUCCUCUCCCAGGAGUCCCACAACGUCUCCCUCGACGGCGAUUUCAGUAUCCAGGUUUUGGAAAAGGCUUUAGAGGUGUGGGACUUGCAGGUCAUCCCCCUGAACUCACCAGUUGCUGAGCCAGCGCAGAUAGAUCCGGAGCUGGAAAACGCCUUCAUAUGCCAUUUGCAGGACCACUGGUUCUGCAUUAGGAAAGUGAAUGGAGAGUGGUAUAACUUCGACAGCCUAUAUGCAGCGCCUCAGUAUCUCUCCAAGUUCUAUCUCUCUGCCUAUUUGGACUCUCUCAAAAGCUCUGGGUGGAGCAUUUUCCUAGUGAGGGGGAAUUUCCCAAGAGAGUGCCCAAUUUCGUCAUCGGAAGCCCCCAGUGGUUACGGCCAAUGGCUAUCCCCUGAAGAUGCCGAGAGAAUAAUAAAAUCUUGCAAUACAACGCAACCUCCUCCUCCUCCUCAAAGAAGUCAGACUGAUCAUACCCUUUCUGACAUGGAAGCCGAGGAAUUGGAGGCUGCAAUAGCUGCCAGCCUGAUGGACACCCCCGCCGCGACCCCUCAAGUGAGUGAAGUUGCGACCCCUCAAGCGAGUGAAGCUGCAACCACUCAAGCCGAGAAGGAAACAAGAUAGAGCAGAAGAUUGUUUGGCUUUUUAAUUUUUUGGAAGAGACUGCGAAAUUUCGACAAUGUAGAAUUGAAAGAAAUUGCAGUUCGGGAGGCAUAAAGUUAAUCAUAAUUGUGGAAAUACUUUUUAAGUUCCGGCAGCUCCUGAUAGUAAAUGUCCGGACAAUUUCAUUACAAGAAGCUUACCCCAAAAAAAUGUGAUUCAAGGGGGGCGAGGGUGAA